AUGGCGAAGAUUACGGUAAACCGACGGAGUUUUGUGGUUUUGGUAGUAGGUAGGUGUAUAUCCCGACCUUACCGAAGUUGUGAUCUUCAUUUUGCAUUUUUUUUAUUCCAAUUUCAAAGUUUUUGACCGCACUGUGCGAGAAACAUUUUUUUUAUUUUUUGCACAGUGCAGUCUAGCUUUUGGGGAAAAAAGUUGAGUGCACUGUGCAAAAAAUAUUCCACAGCGCACUGUGCAAAAUCACAAACUAAAAAUUUCUCGCACAUUGCAAAAUUUUUGCAAAAAUAUUUUCUCCGCACAGUGCAAUCCAAAUUUUAAGAAAAAAAUCGACUGCACUGUGCAAAAAAAAUUUUUUGAAGGCCAUCACACAACUUUUUUACCACAAAAAAAUUAAUAUUUUUUGAUUCCAGCACUGGCAACCUUCCUAACAUGGACAACAUUUACUAUUCUCUCCCCGAACAAAAGUAUUUUCUCUUCGAAAGGGAGUUUUUUCAUUCCCCCGGAGGGCUUGAUGCCCGGCUUCGGAAUUAGUGGCGAACGAGGGCUGGAGAAGUCCGCGGAGGUCGUUGAUAAGCCAUUGGAAGCCGAGGUUCGAAAGGAAAAGGAGGAUUUGGGGGAAGGAUCCAGGGAAAUCGGGCAUUUGGAUGGGAUCGUCAAGGUAAAAAUGAAAUUCAUUUGGUAAAUAAUCGGGAUUUUUUGAUCGAACUUUAUCUCAAAAAAUUUGUGGGGCUUUUUUGACGAAAUUUCACCAAAAAAUCUCAAUCGUUUCUGCGAAUUGUGUGCGAAAAAUCCGUUUAAAAUCGGAUUUUAAGUUCUCAAAAAAAAAAAAAAAAAAAAAAAAAAUCAGGACUCUCGCGUCGUGGCUGAAGGUCAAAAUGAAGACGACACAAACAGAGAACAACCCGCAAAUGCCCAAAAAAGGCCUACAAACGAUGCCAACGACAACAACAACGAUCAAAAUCAGCCCUUCGAAGUUGCGAAGCCGAUUGCCCCGCCAGACCUGGAAGAGAAAAAGAAUGAGCCGAAGCCGGCCGAAACUGUAAAGAAUCGUGGCGUUGAGGACCCGAAUAACCCGCUGAUUCCCGACGCCCUCGACUCCGAAGAGCACGACAUUGCGAAUCCCGAGGAGGACAGCAAAGAGCAUGGUCAAGAUGUCGACAUCGCGAAAAUCACCGGUAAUUUGCAGCGCUUUUACUCCACAAGAACCUCGGAAAUUCCCAAUUUACUUUCAGAACUGAAAGCAGCCCUCCAUCAAUUCGCAAAUUUAACCGCCAACCUGACUCAUCUGCAAAAAGCAUCGGACUUGAAGGACAGCUCGCAUCCAGAGGUGUUGCCAAUGCCGGAUAGGGUAAGAAAAAUUGGUUUUUUGCUACAGUGACGGGCCCGAUCCAGUGGCAAAGAAACGUACCAUUUUGCAUCCGGGAAGCAUCAAAAAUGUGGCAAAAUGCUUCCCUCUCCAAAGUGAAAAAACUUUGUUUUGAAGGGCGCGCUUUUGAAAUCGGAGUUUUUUUCACUUGGAGAGAGAAGCAUUUUGCCACAUUUUUGAUAUUUCCCGGAUGCAAAAUGGCACAUUUUUCGCCACUGGAUCGGGCCCCCCGCUGUAUAAAAUAAUAUUUUGAAUAUCGAUCGGAAAAGAUUGAUUGUUUUUUCAGCCCAUCCGUUCUCCCGAGCAAGAAGCCUUCGAGGCGUCCCUUCAAAUGGACCAAUUCCGCCUGAGGCUAGCCAAUUUCGAAUUGGAUUACAAGCUCUUGAAACCGAACGACACCAGUCUCUGCAAGGGCAAAAAAGCGCUGGUCAUGGUGAUGUCGGUCGCGAACAGCGACAAGGCCAAGCGUCAGCGUUACGCCCUCAGGGAGAUUCUGCAAAAUCAGACCAACUCCAAUAUUAUUUUCAAGUUUAUCGUGGGCUAUCAGAAAGACAUGAUGGUGGAUGUGUUGCAGCACGAAAUUCGGGAUUACAACGAUAUUGUGUACUACGACGCGGAGGAUACCUAUUACAAUAAUUUCAUCAAGUGGUGGGUUACUGUGUGUUUUGGGGACUUUGAGCAAUAUUUAAAAAGUGUAAUUCUUCGAUUUCUCAAAUUUCACAGACUCCAAAUAGUCUAUAAAUGGAUUCUUAAAAACUUUAGUUCGCGGUUUGCGGGCGCAUCCGAGAUGUUCAACGAACUUUACACAUUCCGUUACAAAAGUAUACAUACCCCAUGGAAAAUUGCAGUAUCUAAGGUCUGGUAAGAGCUAUCCAAAAACAGCAAAAAGCAUUUGAAAGCGCAUGUCGAAGAACUUAUUACAGCAUGGAAUCAGAGCAGCCGGGGAAAAAAUUUGGUCUAAUUUAAAAAAUUAAUAUCAACCUCAUGUACAAGAUCAAAGAUGACCCGCAAAGGCAAUACAUGGGUAAUGUGCAACGGAAUGGAAUGUAAUACACUUUCUAGUACUAUGUAGAACACGAUGGAAUGAAAUGGGGGUAGGCUAGAUGAAAACCUGAGCCAGAUUGGCCAAAAAUCGUCAGAGGUAGGCAUACUCUUGAAACGGUCAAAAAUAUUAAAACAGUUGUCAAAUCGACUAAAAUAUUUUUCGCCGGCAGAUUCCACGCGGUAAUAGGUUCUUCAACAUGCUCUUUCAAAUGGCAUUAGCGGUUUUUCGAUAGCUCUUACCAAACCUUAGAUACUGCAAUUUUCCAUGGGGUAUUUAUACUUUUGUAACGGAGUGUAGAGAGCACGUGAGUUGAAGAGGGACGGUCAGAGAAAAAUUUUUUUUUUAAUUUCGCAUUUUUUACCAUUUUUCAGGUACGUCAUGUACGAAUGGCAGCAAGCCUACUGCAAAGACGCCGAAUAUUUUGUGAAAAUGGACGAUGACUCGGUAGUGUUGUUCGACCGCCUUUUCAAGUGGGUCGACCGAAAUUUUGACGGCAAAACGACCAAUAAAACGGACUAUGUGAUCUGCCAAAUGGUCUUCCGAAAAGGGCCAAUUAGGAAUCCCAGGAGUAAAUGGUAGGAGAUCGAAGGCCGAAAUUUUCUCAUUUUUAGGUACGUCCCCGAGUUCGAAUACCCCGAAGAAAGAUACCCGGACUGGUGUACCGGGUUCGUGGCGUUUAUGCCAUCCACAACGGUUGGGAAAUUGUUCGAGGCCUCGCAUUCGGCCAACAAACUGCAUAUCGAUGACGUUUUGUUUACUGGGAUUGCUGGCCGAAUCGCCAAAGUUCCGCUCAUCGAUUUUCAGGGCGCAAGGGAAAGGGUGCGUGUGAAUUUGGUUUAUAGGGGAAGUAUCCCAAGUGCGACGCUUAGAUUUUGAUGAAGCUUGUCUUUAUCCUUGCUCGCACUUUGCAGAAACAACCGAGAUUUUUAGAUCGAAAGUCGGCGAAAAUUUGAAACUUUUUAACGAAUUUCGGCACGAAAAGUUUCAUACCUAUUUCUACCAUAACGGGUAACGUCUCCACAAAAAAUUGUUUUUUUCCUCACGAAACUAACAAAGUUAUGGCCGAAUUCCAAACAAAAAAAAAUUUCUUGCAGCUUCGAACCAACUAUCGUUGUACGGAGGACGGACUUCCAUAUCCAUUUGCCACACAUUACAACAAAGUUCCCUACACUUUGAUGAGAUCCUACAACAGGCUACUCAACUUAUGGUGCAAACCCAAAAAGCCUGUGGAGAAACCGUCGUAA